AUGGAUCUGGAAAUAAGUGACCGCAGGCUCAAGUUGAAAGUGUUAUUCAUUGAUCUUCCUGAUAUCUGUAGGCUUUUGCUGCAAGCACUUUCCAGUGUGUCUGUCUGGUCUUGUCUUCUGCAGCGAUACAAAGAGGGAUCUGACUCGGGAUGCGAGUCUUGUACUACGCUGGCACACAUCAUAGCCAACAGCAGCAAAAAGAACGGCACGAGGUUUGUGACACUGUCGGCCACAAGUGCCAAGACAAACGAUGUUCGAGAUGUCAUCAGCCAGGCCCAGAAUGAGAAAAGACUCUUCAAGAGAAAAACCAUACUCUUUAUUGACGAGAUCCAUCGUUUCAAUAAAUCUCAGCAGGAUACUUUCCUUCCUCACGUUGAGUGUGGGACAGUGACCCUGAUAGGAGCGACCACGGAAAACCCUUCCUUCCAAGUCAAUGCUGCUCUUCUGAGCCGAUGCCGGGUGAUCGUCCUGGAGAAGCUCUCGGUUGAAGCGAUGGAGGCGAUUCUGAUGCGGGCCGUCAGGUCCUUAGGGGUCCAGGUUUUGGGCCAGGGCAACCAGCACAGCAGCUCUGCGACUGGCAGCAGCAGCGAGAGCUCCGAGUUACCAGUGUAUGUAGAAGAGAAAGCCCUGAACACCCUGGCCUACCUCUGCGAUGGCGAUGCAAGGACUGCACUGAACGGGCUCCAGUUAGCAGUUCAGGCCAGGCUAGCAGUGGGGAAGACCACUCCUUUGAGUGUUAGCCAGGGUGGUUCUGCAGAGGGCAUUCUGAUAACAGAAGACCACGUAAAGGAAGGGCUACAGCGGUCUCACAUCCUGUAUGACCGAGCAG